AUGGCAACAACUGAAGCAAAAGAAGUUCAACAAUCUCCUACAGGGAUUACUUCAAAGAAACUUUCUUGUAAUGGUCAUACUUGUCUAACAUGCGGUAAAUGUCUUGAUUGGCGUUUUACCGGCGAUGCACAAACUUGGGAUUGGAUACGUAACUAUCAAAGUUGGAAUAACGAUGAUUGGAAGCGCUGGCGUCGUAAUCAUUUAUGGAACCUUUAUGAGCGUAGUGAUGGUGCAACAUGCACUAGUGUUAGUCAUGGUGCUGGUUCCACUUUUGAUGAUCCUAUUUUUGGUGGUCAUCAUGUUGUUCAUAAAGUUAAUAUUUUUGGUGGUCUUCAUAUUAAUACAAGUCAUGAUUUUAUUUUUGUUGGAGAUCAUAUUUCUACUGAACACCACAUUAUUUCUUCUGACGGUGAUCUUUGUGUUUGUAAUAUUAAUAAUAAAUAA